AAAGAAUAUCUGACAUAUGUUCGUAUCAAAAUUUUACCAAAUUUUGUAGUUUUUGAUAAAUUUCGAAAUUUUAAAAAUUAAAAAUGCUUUCACGCGUAGGAUUAUUUUCAACCAAAAUGUUACAGCAAAACGCUGGCCAAGGACCAAGCCGACUAUCCCGAAGAUACUCGAAGACCAAAGUCCCAAAGACUGAUGAGCCCAAGCCAGAGAAGAAGCCUUGCCGUCUAGGAGCACAACCUAGAAAUGUACGCGACCCUCCAGAAGGCUAUGCACCCACUCGCCUAAAAACGAAAAAAUUCAAAAUCCCGCCGUUCAUUAAACCAAAGAUCUUCAGGUGCAUAGAGAAAACGGAAAAGCUCGGACCCAACGCUGGAAAAUGUGAGUGCUACAAAAAUCCAGAGUACUACAGUUAUCAUCGCUUCUCCUACUAUGAGCUCAUGAUGGCCGCCAACGCGGUGAAGGCCUGCACCAACUGCUGUAAAUAAUAAUCCAUGUAAACCAAAGUAUAAAUCGAUCGUUUAGUCUCGGAAUUUAAUAAAUGUCGAUCUAAUGAAAACAAA